CGGAGGCUAAACAUUGGUUCCUAUUCUUUCCUCUAUCAAGUUGAGUUCCUACAGUGGGUUGCAAUGCCGUUUCAUUUUAUGAUGUUCCCAAAUUUUGUUCCUUUUAAAAUUACUUCCAUAAGGUGCUUUUCUUAGAACUUUCAUCAGAUCAGCGCUUUAAGCCUUGAGCUCUGCAUCCGGAGAUGGCAUCUGAGUGCGUCUACUUGUUGCACACAUUUUAUAAGGAACAAGUAUUUCUAGCAUAGUUAUUUUGUCUCAAUUAACCCUCACAGAUAUGUUUACAUGAUUCUCUACUUUGCAGAAAGCAGAGGCCCAACGACCUAUUCACCGUUCACAUUCAGUCCCUGCGAUUAAUAAAGAUGGAAGCAUAUAUGUAGGCAGUGUCAUUCGUGUAAUUCCAACCACACCACGAGUGGCUGAAAGGACUGUCACGACAACAUCAAGCACAUCCCCUGUAAAUGACACUGUCUUGCGGUUCAGGUGGAAGCGUUGAUGGUGGUGAAGAUAUUGCUGAAGAAGAAGCUGUUUGUCGAAUUUGCUUAGUUGAGCUGGGUGAAGACGCUGACACCCUCAAGAUGGAAUGCAGCUGUAAAGGCGACCUUGCUCUUGCCCACCAAGAAUGUGCUGUAAAAUGGUUCAGCAUUAAAGGUAAUAAAAAAUGUGAUGUGUGUGGAGAAGAGGUUCAGAACCUACCGGUCACCCUUCUACGAAUUCAAAAUUCUCAGGCCGUUAAUUUUCGAGCAAGUAGAGCACAGCAGGCUGAGGCUACUCAAUAUAGGGUUUGGCAGGAUGUUCCCAUCCUUGUCAUAGUCAGCAUGCUUGCUUACUUCUGUUUUCUUGAGCAACUUCUGGUGGGGAAAAUGGGAUCUGGUGCAAUUGCUUUCUCUUCCUUUUUCCUGCAUUUUGGGUCUUCUGGCAUCCAUGACAUCGACCACGAUGGUGAGAAGAAGAUAUGUCUGGAUUUAUGCAACUAUUCAGUUUGUACUGGUGGUUCUCGCGGCACAUCUACUUUAUUCAUUGAUUCACAUGCAGGCAGUUCUGGCUCUUCUCCUCGCCACCUUUUCAGGAUUUGGAGUUACAAUGUGUGGAAGUUCUUUUAUUGUCGAGGCUUUGGGAUGGAGGGAAAGAUGGCGUUCUCAGCAGUCAAAUCAACAGCGUGGUUCUCAGGAGGUGGCGCAGCCGAAUCAAUCACCCCAGAAUACACAACAUACACAGACGAAUCCCCAACAGCGGGAAACUGAACUCGAAUGAGCAGAAGUUACUCAUGGCAGCUGACUUCUCUACCUUAGCAUGCACGAAUGCCACCGCGGCGUACUAAAGGAAAGUCUGGCUGUAAACUGCUACGAAAUAUAGCACAUGUUAAGCGUUGUACAUAAACUAUUUGUACAUAUAGGUUGGCCUUGAGAGCCACAUUGUUCGGCUCAUCCUUCGUUAUGAUUUCGCGAAAAAUGAUCAGAACUUCCUCUGUUCUUCGUAGACGUUAAGACUGCAUUACGUGCUGAAAAGUAGAUUAUUGUUCCGUUGCA